AGUCUGAGGUGGGCAUGACAACAGUGAACCGUUGUUUGGAUGCUGCUAAGGCUUGUAAUGUCGAUGAGACGUGUCAGAAACUACGCACGGAGUAUGUGUCGGCGUGCAUCGCCCCAUCAGCGCGAGCCGGGCCCUGCAACAGAGCACGCUGCAGCAAAGCACUGAGGAAGUUCUUUGACCGUGUGCCGCCUGACUACACGCACGAGCUGCUCUUCUGUCCGUGCUCCGACACGGCAUGCGCAGAACGACGGCGCCAGACCAUUGUGCCUGCGUGCUCGUAUGAAGAAAGGGAAAAACCCAAUUGCCUGGCACAACUUCGAGUUUGUGAGGCAGACUAUGUGUGCAAGUCUCGCUGGGCUCAGUUCCAGCACGACUGCCAACCCUCCGAGCUUACUGCCAGCGGCUGCCAGCAAGAAAAUUACGGAGCCUGCCUUGUUGCGUACACCGGCCUGAUAGGUAGCAUUAUCACUCCAAACUACCUAGAUAACUCUACAUCCAAUGUAGGAGCAUGGUGCUCUUGUGCGGCUAGUGGGAAUUUCCGAGAUCAGUGCAACCACUUCCUUGGCCAUUUCCAUGACAACAAUUGCUUGA